CUUAUCGUCGUCAUCCUCUUCCCCCCAUCCUCCACUUCGCCCACUCGUGAUUCCAUCCACGCUCUGUCAUUCUUACCACAUCGGAGGCAUCAUAGCCCAGCCGGAAUGGCUGACGAGGCGAAUCGUCCUCUGUUGAACGGGGGCUCUAGGGCCUCGUCGCCAGAUCGAUCGCCCGAUCACACGCCGCGUGGUCGGCCUGCACCAUCCUUCGAACUAUCAUCAGAAUCGACCCCUCUACUGCAUCGUCGCGAGGAUGACUUGGCGACCUAUGGAACCGAACAACGACGAUCGCGAUCCCCGUCAGCGGCAUCCCGAGCCGGUUCUGUCGAGAGUGGCUCCACCAAGAAGACCGCCCGAGUACCAUGGCCGACCUUCAUAGCGCUUGGUAUGCUCAUAUUGGCAAUUUUGGGAAUUCUGGUCUUUGCCUUUGCGGCACCGGCCGUUGUGAAGGAGUAUGCACAGGAGGCGGCGGUGUUUAAACCCACCGUGCUAUCCAUUGAUUCAACAACCCCCAGAGGCGUCCGCGCUCGCGUCCAGGGAGACUUUGUGAUGAACUCGACCCAUGUGCAGAACAAGCCAGUCCGGGAUAUCGGCCGAUUUGUCACAUGGAUUGCCACAGAAGUGGAAACGGGUCAUUCGGACGUCGAGGUGUAUCUCCCAGAGUAUGGGAAUGUGCCCAUUGGAAACGCCUCGGUGCCGCCGAUCAAAGUGAACAUACGUCCUGGCCAUAUAAAUCAUGUCGAUUUCUUGACUGAUCUGACCGCGGGUGAUAUACGAGGCAUUCAUUCAAUAGCCAUGGACUGGAUAGAGGGUAGGCUGGGCCGCCUCAGGAUCAAGGGCAAGACAACGAUGCAUUUGAAGACAGGCUUGAUCAGUUUGGGAUCACAAAUGCUGGAAAAUGAAAUUUUAUUUGAAGAGAACGACUUUCCGGCUCUGCCGACCAUCGACGUGACGAAGCUUAAUGUGCACGACGUAGACAAUGGAGGUGCCAUGGCGGUCGAUGUUUCCAUCGCAGCAUUUAUCGAUUCGCCUCUUGCGCUCACGGUGCCCGCGCUCGGGUUUGAAAUCUUGGUGCCAAAUUGCUCGCCAGGUGACCCGAACAUUUUGGUUGCCAGGGCGGAGACAGAUGAGAUCCAGAUUCACCCUGACCAACCAAUACAUGCCGAUCAGCUGCCCGGGGAGAAAGGCUCGCCCUUGGACCUUUUGGUGUCCAGUUUCAUCCAAGGCCAGGAGACGACCAUCUACGUUCGCGGGGCGGACUCACCGUCACCCAAUACCCCGGCGUGGCUCGUGGAUCUUUUGCGCAGUGUCACGAUGCCGGUGCCGCUUACGGGGCACGCUCUGGACAAUCUGGUGAAGAACUUUAGCAUGACCGACACGCAUUUCUCUCUCCCAGACCCAUUCGCAGAGCCAGGAACACCAGAGUCGCAUCCCACCGUGUCUGCCUUGGUCAAAGUUCUCAUUGCCCUGCCGGAGCAAAUGAACUUCCAAGUUGAUGUCCCGCAAGUUCGUGCCCUCGCAGACGUCUUUUAUAAGGGCAAAGAGCUCGGUGCCUUGGACAUCGACCAGUGGCAAGACGCCAACUCGACUCUCGUGAAGGACCAGGAUAACUCCACAGCGCUGCUUGUGGAGUUUGCGAUGAAAAACGCACCGUUACAGGUUUCGGAUGACGGACUGCUGGCAGAAGUCGUCCAGGAAAUGCUGUUCGGUAGCAAAUCAGUGGUGCUACGAGUGGCCGCCAACGUAGACGCGAGGGUUUCGACCGUCUUGGGCCAGUUUGCCAUUCGCGGGAUUCCUGCGGAAGGCAAAGUCCGCGUGAACACUCCGUUUGAUGGCGCGCUCAGUCACUUGAAUCCGCGAGUCCUAGAGAAUACAACCGAAACGUCGAUGUUUCUGUCUACUCGGUUGAACUUCACGAAUCCUACCAAAUACGCGGCAACGAUCCCCUUUGUGGAUCUUCUCGUACUCUACAACGGUACAGCCAUUGCUCAUGUCAUUGCCCGAGACAUGUCCGUUGUUCCUGGGAACAACACGAAUGUCCACGUCGACUUCUCAUGGAGCCCGCACGAUACCAGCGGGAUUAACGGGACAGUAGCUGGGCGGCAACUCCUCUCGGAAUUUAUCUCGGGUUCCAACACGACUGUCACGAUUAAGAGCCACAGAGGGACUAUUCCAUCCCUCCCAGAUCUCGGAGAAGCCCUCUCUGUUCUUUCCAUUGAUAUUCCAGUACCUCGAAUUUCCAGCCCAGACCUUCCAGACGGUGGAAAUGACGGAAAUGACCGGCAACAUCAUUUCAUUCAAGAUGCAACGCUACACCUCUGGACCUCAACCGCCGAAUUCACCCUCUCCUCGCCCCUAAAAGAAACCAGCAUCUUCAUCACCUCCGUAGACGCAACCGCCUUCUACGAGGGCGAUGAGCCCGUCGGCCGAAUCAACUACAAACAGCCCUUCGAGGUGCCGCCUGGUCUUUCUCAAACCCCGCGCUUGCCCGUUGAUUUGGCACUUGGGAGUGUCGGGUAUGAGGCUCUGCGGAAGGCUCUCGGUCAGGAGCUGGAGAUGGACGCUGUGGCUAGAAUUGGGGUGAGGAUUGGGCAUUAUCGGAAUGAGGUGUUUUAUCAUGGAAAGGGGAUUGCGGCUAAGGGUGCUGGCGUCAACCACAUCGGCGGCAUUCUUCUCGAUCUCCUCGGUGGGCUCGGAGAGCGGAGACCGGGGCAGCGCCAUCAGACCGGUGCGGGUGGAUUCGAGGAUACCGAAGGGACCGAUGAGCUUGAGGAAGGAGUCAAUACGGGAAGGCUUAGCGGAGCUAUCGAAUAG